CCGCGGGUCGCCGCGGCAGAGCGGGACAGGCAGAGCUGCCCUGCCCUGCCCUGCCCUGCCCUCCUCCGCGGCCGCUGAGGAGAAGGAAGAGGAGGAGGAAAGCGCGACCCGAGCCAGCCGCGGCCGCCGGAGGAAACGCCCUCCGCUCGGGCUCGGCGCCGCCCGCCCCGAGCGGCGGCUGAGCGCCCCGGAGGAGAAGGAGGAGGAGGAGGAGGACGAUGCUGCCGGGGCUGGGGCGGGCGCUGCGGGGCGGCUGGCGGCGGGGCGAGCGGCAGCCGCAGGUGGUGCUCGUCGGCCGGGCGACGCGGGGCAGAAGGGCUGGCUGCCCGCCGCUGCCGGCGCCUCAGGUGCAGCUGUUGAGGCAAACUAGAAGUGGGAUACACCAGAAGGGAGCGUGUUACAGCACACUGGUGCCAUCUGACGAAGUAACUGUUAAUUACAGAUAUGGUCUUCCUGUGAUAACUCUUACGUUGCCCACAAGAGGAGAACGCUGUCAGUUUACUGUCAAGCCAAUGGUAGUAACAGUUGGAGCAUUUCUGCGGGAUGUACAGAGAGAAGAUAAAGGAAUUGAGAAGGCAGAAAUUUUUGCAACAGAUGGUAGCAAGGUCUCCGAUGCAGCCUUGAUGGAGGUCUUACUGAUGAAUGACUUUAAACUUGUUAUCAACAACACAACAUACAGUGUGUCAGCUCCUAAAAAAGACAUUUUCUUCUUAGACAAGCUGAGUAGUGAGCAUGCUACUGAAAUGGAAGAUAUCAAAUCCUUGGUUCACAGACUGUUCGUGGCUGUACAUGUGGAAGAUCACCAGAUCAGGAAAGAGAGAGAAUUGCUACAGAAACUGGAGUAUCUGAAAGAACAGCUGCUGCCUCUUGAACAGAUGAAAGCCAGAAUUGCGGACAGUGCAGAUGCAAAGACCUCCAGGCUUCUAUGGGUGGGCUUAGCUCUGAUGUCGACACAAGGGGGAGCGUUGGCGUGGCUCACAUGGUGGGUCUAUUCGUGGGAUAUCAUGGAGCCAGUCACGUACUUUAUCACAUACGGGAGUGCCAUGGCUUUCUAUGCCUACUUUGUUCUGACUAAACAGGACUACAUUUAUCCAGAUGCUAAAGACAGGCAGUUCCUCCACUACUUCUAUCGGAAAUCCAAAAGCCACCAUUUCAAUGUGCAACAAUAUAACAAGCUAAAAGAAGACCUAGCAGAGGCUGAGGAAUCACUGAGGCGUCUGCGCCAACCUCUACAGCUGAGGCUUCCAAUCCAGCAAAUCUAUGACAAGGACUGAUUUCUUUUUUAUGAAAAAUUGAAUUGUCCUUUCAAAGCUGAUAUGAGCAUUUAGUUACUCUUUAGAAAAUGGAUAUUUUUGACCACUAUAGUUUUGAAAGUUACAAUAAAUAUAUAUAAAAAUAA